AGCAAAAUCCACCCACCCCUGAACUAAGAGGCUAGUGUGGCUUUCUGUGCGUGUUGAGUCGCGCUGAGGGAAAUUUGUUAAAUUUUAAUGAUUUUGGAAGGAUAAUAACCAACCACCAUCGCAUUUUCUCUACAUUUGGGAAGUGCCUCCACGGUCCGUCAGACGCAACCUUUCGGGAGAAAGAGUGGCGACUUAAACCUCGUAAUGUUUAACCCACACAUGCACCACCACCAUCACCACCAGCAGCAGCAGCAGCAACAACAGUUCCACCAACACCUGCGGCAGCUACAGCAACUUUUCCAGCAUCAGCAGCCUCCCCCUCCACCGCCUCCACCACCGCCACCACCUCCGGCACAGCCGGCCCCAGCCCAUCAUGUCGGCCAUCACCACCACCAGACUCAACGAGGCCUCCCUGGGCCUCCACAGACAGGCCCCCCUGCCAGGAUGGUCAACCUGUGCCAGGCGACCCAGACUACCCUCAUCGGCCCCAAUCCCAUGAUGCAGGGUGCCUUAAUGAUGCAACAGAUGCAGAGUAACAUGCGGGGCUUUGGGAUGGUUGGACAGCAGUUUCGUCAGUUCUAUGCUGCGGCGAACAGGUCGUCCCUUCUGGGUCCGGUUCCGAUGGGCAUGGCCAUGAAGUCCCCCAUCAGGGGUUACCCUUCUGCUCGGCCUUACCACUCUCACCCUCGCUAUUACAAUAACUCUACCAGCACGCCGGCCACCAGCUCAGCAUCCACCUCCUCUUCUACCGCCACCAGCACGGAGGCUGUUGCUCGCCAGCAGGACAGGAAGAGGGACAGCGUGGAGAUGGCAGGCAACAGUGCGGGUGACUGUCCAGCAGCGAGCAAGUCUGAUGAGACGGAAAUGGGUGGUGCUGAGGGAUCAGUCGAAGGCUCCACACAGAACUGUGAGCAACAGCUUGAGGAGCCUGCAGUGAAGAUGCAGAUCAUGGAGAUGGAAGGGUCAGAGGAGCCUCAAGAGCAGCAUGUCGGCACCACCAGUGCAGAUGGAGACGUUCUCUCUUUGGAGUACAACGCAGAAAGCAACCAGCAAGAAGACUGCAUUCUUCUGGAUGAAGGAGGCCAUGCUGAUGCUGAUGAGGGUCUGCAAGAGAGCCAUGCCGCUGAGGAGGAGUACAGCUGUUCCAGUAUGCAGGCGGACUUUGCGGCGUCAUCUGACAAGCAGGAAGAGGAGGCGAGCGUUGCAGAUGGCGCCAAGUUCUACUGCUACCUCUGCACCAUCACCUGCCACAGUCAGGAGAAUUUCCGCAGUCAUAUGAACAGCGUUUCGCACCAGCAGAGGAUGAUGGAGAUUCAGCACAUGAGCAACGCCUGCCUGGUCUCCCUGCUGCCACGACUGCACGAGUCGCUACAAGGGGCCAGCAAAGACGGUGAGAAAAAAGCAGCCACGCAGCGUUGGUGUGCCACCUGUCACGCCCACUACUCCACCACCAUCACUGACCAUCGACGCACAGAGGAGCACAAAUGUCUCUUCUUCUGUGUGCAGCUUGCAAAUAGAGCAGUUGUCUCAUCCUGCACUGUCUGCAAGAAACACUUCAGGACCUCAAAGCUAUUUGUGGCACAUUUACAGUCCCAGGAACACCGGCAGGGAUUAGAGAAGCUUCAGGAAAAGGAGGGCUCUGACAUUGCAUCCAAGCCAAUAGAUUUGGACGACUUUUUGCUGCUAGAGGACGACGAGGUGGAGGAGGUGGAGGAGGAGGAGGAGGAGGGCAGUGGGGAGAUGCAGGACUAUGAGUCCCUCGAGAACCAGGAUGACUGGAGCUCGCAAAGAGAGGUGACCCUGAAGGAUAUGACCAGUGAUGAGCAAUAUGAUGCGGACACUGUUUAUGAGUCAAGCUUCUUUGUGCCAGUGGCUGGUUUCAUCUGCAGAAUUUGCAACAAGUUCUACCAUUUCGACUCCCCAGCUUUGCACACGCACUGCAAAUCUUUGAAGCACUUUGAGAACCUAAAGAGACAUAAAGAAGGGCUCGAGCAGACGUGUGAGGCUGACGGAACCCUCGCUGACGACGACAACCACCACAGGUCUCCAACAGAAACAACCGCAGACUACCAGGAAGAACACUCCCCCUCCAAUGAUGUAGACUGGACAACAAGCCUGAACAGUGCAGAGGACCAGGACACAGCAGAAGACCCUGGACCAACCUCACAGGACCUCACACAGCUCAACGAGGCCACUGAGCUCAACGAGGCCACUGAGCUCAACGAGGCCACUGAGCUCAACGAGGCCACUGAGCUCAACGAGGCCACUGAGGACGCCAAUAAAGAGGGAGAAGAGAAGCUGAUCGCUACUGCUUUACCAGGGAAGAACAACAACAAAGGGUCGGCUAACACCAGACCCCGGUCCAGGAGAACCGCCAAGCGACACUGAGGGACAAAUGAGAGGAGCAUCUGGAUGUGAUGUGUGUGUGCGUGUGUGUGAGAGGUGUUUCAUGGGUCCAGAAGGGGCCAGCCAGCUUCUUUGCAAUUCGAAUACACACCGCGCCUAUUGCACAUACGAGACAACAAACAUCAGUUCCAGGCGUUUGCGGACACAACACUCGGCGGGUUGGACGCCAGUGUUGUAGAUGGUCAACCACUGUAUGGAGGGAACACACCAAUACACACUGAGCUUCUGUAAGUCAAAUCAGUCGACUCCAAAUGAGACCGUAGUCACUCAUUGUUGAUUCAUCUCCUCAAGGUAAACUCCCAAGAUUUCAAAUCAUAAGCAAGUUUUUUUUGUUCAUGGUUUAUUUUCUCACGUGGUUUCUGCUCAACAAAAAGCACGUAUCUUCAAAUGUCUAAAAUCUGUUUUUAUUUGUUUUAAAUAUUUGUCUAUUUUUCAAAUAUGAAAAUGACAAAACUCAAUCAAUCGAGCUUAAUUGCAAACUCCAACGUACACGUAGACAUACAAUCACAUACAGUACAUGAAACAAACAAAAUAAAUACAGUAUAAAAGGCAUUAUCACAUAAUAUUAAAAACAGUCCUUGCGCAUGUUCAGUCAAAGGCAUCUAAUUAAUAAAUAAAAGCAGCAAUAAAUUUAAAAAAUACAUAUAUAUGCUUUAUAAAUGUGUCUACACAUUCUUUAAAAGGCACAGAUACCAGUGUCUCCACAUAUACGAUUGUAUGUAUAAAUCAUGUAUGUACACAAUUAUUUUUAUUUUUUACGUUUUUAUCAGAACUUCAAA